AUGGUCGCCGGCGAAGACUCCGCCAGGUUCUCUGUCGAGAAACCGAGGCAAGAGUAUCCGUUGCAGGACCUCCGGUAUCGCGACGACGAGGCGCGCGAGUCCGACGAUGAUCUCGAGCACGGGCCGUUGCUGCAGACCGCUGGCCUAGAUGGCACCUCAGAACCCGUCCUCGACGACAAUGACAAGCCAAAGCGGAAAUCGCGCUCGGGACUUUGUGCCUGGCUGCGCGGUCCCACGCCACCCCACGUUCACCACAUCCAGCCCUGGCUACCACAAUGGCAGGCCGCGCCGGCGCGGAUCAUUGACCUGUGGCUCCCGCGCAAAAAUGCCAAAAUCGCAUUGCUUCUCGGCGGAUUGGUCUUCUGGAUUGUCGUGUUUUUCUCCGCCUUGAAAGCCUCCGUGGCCGAGCAGGAGAUUCCGGGGUACGGGCAGCCCGUCAAGCUGUCGUGUCACGAUCGCCUGUGGACCAAUGCUACCAACUGCGGCCUGAAUGGUGACCUCUGCCAGCCCUUCGAUGAGGAGGCCUUUGCCUUCCGCUGUCCCGCUGGCUGCUCCCAGGCCAUCCUGCUCGAGCCUUACAAUGUCGGCGACCAGGAACUCAAUUACCGGCCCCUGGUGAUCGGUGGCUCUGGCGAAACCUCACGGAGCAGUGGCAACUACCGCGGCGACUCAUCGAUUUGUGUAUCGGCGCUGCACGCCGGACUGGUCGAUGAUGCGUCUGGGGGAUGUGCCAUUCUGCGCCGCACAGGCGCGCAUAGCAAUUUCCGGUCCGUGAAGCACAACGGCAUCGAAAGUAUUGGGUUUCCGUCCAGUUUCCCCAUGUCUUUCGUGCUCACUCAAGAAACCACGUCGUCCGGCUCAAGUGAGGCCAAGAUGGCCGAGUGCUCGGAUAUCAGGUGGUCACUGUUCGCCUUCUCGGUAGCCCUGACCACAACUCUCUCCCUGACCGUGAUAUCGGCGCCCGCGUUCUUCACAUCGAUUUUCUUUAUCGUCUGGUUCCAAGUCGCCAUGUCGUCCGACCCACCCUCGUCUCCAAACUAUUACGAGCUGGUCUCCGCGGCCCUGGGCCGGUUUCUGCCGGGUGCAUUCGUCGGCUUCGCGCUGUACUACUUCUUCAUGCGGCACACGCUGCGCGACCUCGACGCGCACUGGGAUAAAACCGUGCUGUGGCUGGGUGGAUGCUGGGUCGGCGCGCUGAACACGGACACCUUCGACCGCAUCCCGAUCUCGCGCCUGACGCCCCAUGACCUCCAACAGCAACCCGGCGCCAUCACCGCGCUGAUUAUCAUCGUCUGCUCACUCGUCGCCAUUGCCAUCGGCCAAGCGCUCGCCUUCCGACGCGAGGGACGCCUCCCGAAAAUGUUCCGUUUCUAUGUCCUUCUCGUCGCGAUCGUGCUCCUCUUCGUCGCUGUCCCGCACAUGAACCUGCGCAUCCACCACUACAUCCUAUCACUACUUCUCCUCCCAGGCACAACCUUACAAACACGACCAAGCCUCUUGUACCAAGGCAUCCUAAUCGGCCUCUUCAUCAAUGGCAUCGCUCGCUGGGGCUUCGACUCUAUCCUCCAAACACCCGGCGCCCUCCUCGACGGCGCCCGGCUGGGCACCACGCCGCCCAUUAUCAACUCGCCCAUUCAAUCAUAUGACGAUAAUAACACCCUAAUCUUCAAUUUCCCGCCGCUGAACCCGCACGUCAAUGGCAUCAGUGUGCUAAUCAACGACGUUGAGCGUCUCCACGCCCUUCGUCCGAAGGGAGACUAUUCCGUUCCUGAAUUCGAAUGGACCCGCCAACACGAGGACGAGCCUGAAUUCUUCCGCUUCGGGUUUAUCCAUGUUAAUGCGCUGGGCGGGGUUUGGUAUGAGGAUUUCUCGGAUGCGGCUGUUUGGGAAGUGGAUGGGACUUGGGUGCCAUCGUUGUCAAUGUUGAACGAGACGCUACCCGCUGCUAACGAGACACGUCUCCGUUAA